UAGACAAAUCUCACGGCACGCCGCCAAGCAAAAAAAACGUCACACAACGUAUGAAUACUGAAAUUUUAAUCUUUUUUUUUUAAUAGGUAUGUUAGCAUCUGUCGAUUCGGCGGCCGCCUAUAGUUUCCAAGCGGUGGAUCACGUCUUUCACCGAUUGGCAGGGAUACCCUUUUAUUUAUUUAUUUUAUUUUUUAUUUUUUGGGUAUCCUUUUUUAUAUAAGUAAAACAUAAUAUCAUAACAUUUAGCUACUUAACAUUAUAAAUCAGCAUAAAUUACACCAGUGACAAAUCUACGGAAAAGAUGAGGUAUUUAAAAUGGUGGCCAUUGCAGGAAAAAUCACAAUUCUUAUAAAUAUAUCAGCUAAUCAUAGUUUUAUCACUUUUUUUAAUCGCAUUUCCUUACCCCUUACUAUAAAUUCUGUAACAACAGUGACGUAUUUUAAAUACUCGUGAAAUUUCGAGUUAAUUCUUAAUAUUGUCAAUAUUUGUAGAGUAGGAGCCGACUUACCGAGUGCUUUUCAAAGUGGCCACGCCUCCAAUUACCUCUUGCCCCCAAAAUGAUAAAAUGUACAUCAGGCCUGGAUAGGCUAUUAUUUACUAUGUUUACUUUUGAUAUACUAAAGGAAUAAUGCUUUGUAACAGCUUUUGUGUAUGAACUGUAACCUGUGUGGAAUUGUCUCUCUCAGACAACAAUAACACAUGAUAUAUCACAUAAGGAUGAUUGAACCUGUUGAAUGCAUGAGAGAAUUGUAUUCACAUGGAAGUAUAUACAUUUAUUUGGAUUUUACAAUAUACUAAUGUAAUGCUGAAUUGCUUAGAACUUAACAUGUUGAGAUGAAAUGUAUUGGUUGAAGUCAAGACAUAUGAAAUAUGCUUGGAAAUGGAUAUAUUUACCAAAAAGAAGCCUAUUUGAGUGAGCAAAUAAGAGGUCAGGUCAGGAUAACACUGACGCCAUUUUGAGGGAAAAACAGGUGCUUCCCACUCAGGUCAAAAUAAGGACACGCUGAGAGAAAAAAUAGGAGGUCAGGUCAGGACAACGCUGAUGUCAUAUUUUAGAAAAAGGGAGUUUCUAAGAAAACCGAGGUUUUAAAAGCCUUAUACGAGGGAGGAGCGGGACUUCCUAUCCUGACCAGGACAGGGAGACACACGCUCUUUUCUUUCGCAAUACUAAGGGACACGCUGGCCGGAGGGAUUUAUCAAGCUACUUGGAUAGUGACUCAUUUUUGAAUAUUCCUCCUUAAAUUGGUGCGUACCAUGAAUGCAGUGGAGUUCCGGCGUCGAGGGAAAGAGAUGGUCGACUUUAUAGCUGACUAUUUGGAGAACCUGGAGCAGCGACCAGUCUAUCCAGAUGUGGAACCAGGCUAUCUCAAAUCAUUAAUCCCGAGUGAGGCACCACUGGAACCAGAGAGCUACGAGGAUAUAAUGAAGGAUGUGGAGCGAGUCAUAAUGCCUGGGAUCACCCACUGGCACAGUCCAUACUUCUAUGCUUACUUCCCUGCAGCUUCCUCCUUCCCUGCCAUGUUGGCAGAUAUGCUGUGUGGAGCCAUUGGAUGCAUUGGAUUUUCUUGGGCUGCCAGCCCAGCUUGCACAGAGCUGGAGACAGUGAUGUUAGACUGGUUAGGCAAGAUGAUGCAGCUGCCAGAGUCUUUCAUAGCUGGAACUCAUGGUCAUGGGGGAGGAGUCAUCCAGGGCACAGCCAGUGAGGCGACCCUCAUGUCCUUGCUCGCUGCCCGUUGUAAAGCGGUCCGUCACGUCCAGUCCAUCAACCCGAAAAAGUCUGAACCCGAGAUCCUUGCCAAAUUGGUGGCAUACACAUCAGAACAAUCUCAUUCGUCCGUGGAGCGGGCAGGUCUGAUUGGGGGCGUGAUGAUGAAGAAAGUCCCGACAGACGACACUUAUGCUGUCACGGGUGAUAUACUGAAGAAGAUGGUGGAACAAGACAAAGAAGCGGGACUCAUCCCUUUCUACUUCUGUGCAACGCUUGGCACCACUGCAUCAUGUGCCUUUGAUCGUAUUUCUGAGCUGGGGCCUAUAUGUAAUGAACAAAGCAUGUGGAUGCAUAUUGAUGCUGCGUAUGCUGGAAGUGCAUUUAUCUGUCCUGAAUUUCGGCCUUUAUUGAAUGGCAUAGAGUUUGCGGAUUCUUUCAAUUUGAACCCACACAAAUGGCUUUUGGUCAACUUCGACUGCUCUGCCAUGUGGGUCAAGAAGAGACAGGACAUGAUUGGAGCCUUCAAGGUGGAACCACUCUACCUGAGACAUGAGAACCAGGAGUCAGGGCUAGUGACCGAUUAUAGGCAUUGGCAGAUUCCACUGGGCAGACGAUUCCGCUCGCUCAAAAUGUGGUUUGUCUUUCGCAUGUACGGCCUGCAAGGAUUACAGGCGCAUAUACGCAAGCAAGUGGGCCUGGCCAAGGAGUUUGAGAGUCUGGUACGAGCAGACAAGAGAUUUGAGAUCUGUGCUGACGUCAUCAUGGGUCUGGUUUGCUUCAGGCUGAAGGGCUCCAAUGAGCUGAAUCAGAAUCUGCUGAAGAGGAUCACAAAGAGCAGAGAGAUCCACUUGGUGCCUUGUCAUCUUACCGGACGCUUUGUCCUGCGCUUCGCCAUUUGCUCGCGCACCACUGAGUCUCGUCACAUCCGGCAAGCGUGGCGGCACAUUACACAGCUGACCUUUGAACUCCUGCAGGAUAACAUUCAAUAACAACUGGGCAAACAAGUCACAGUAUAAAUGUUAUUAACCCAAUGUUGCAGAGAAGGAAUGUCAGAUAGGACAAAACACACACACACACACUAUAGCUACUUUCAGGCUUAAAAACUGGUUUGCACACUUAAAAAAAAUGUGGAAAUUAUUUGGCAUGGUAAAGCAUGUCUGCCUCACAGAGGUCCUGGGUUCAAAUCUCUGCUCACUCCCUCUGCAUGGGAACUCCAACUGCCUCCCACAUUACCAAAAUAUCUUCCUUAGCUAUUCAUUGCCUAUGUAGCGUCUGUGUCCUGUGUAAAAUGUGGGUUGUGGUGAACUCAAAAUGUAUUUUCUGUGGUGUCCGAUGAAUGUACAGUAUUGCACUUUGUAUGUGUUUGUUUUUGUUAAUUUGCCUGCAAAUGUAUGUAUGUAUACUCAUUUAGACAUUUAGUGAAGGAUCAUUAACAAACAGAACAUUACUGACUUAGCUAUAGAUGCAAAUUAUUAUUAUUAUUAUUUUUUAAGAUUAUUGUCACUGUUUUUAAUAUGGACAUUAAUUUUAACCAAAUUGAUGUACAUUUAAAAAUGUUUAAAGGUACUUUCUGCACUGUUACAUACACAUAUUGCCCAUGUGGUGCAGAAAACAAUGAACAGGAAUGUGGCCAUUGACAAGGGAAUCCAAUCAAUUAAACUAUUUAAUUCAAUAUCCAUCACCGUUCAGAAUUUACACGUACAAUACAGUGUGUAGUCACAGGGUGCUGAUUAAAUGAGGGUGAUCAAGUAUUGCUGGCAGAAAAGAUUGUUUUAGCAAUGUGACAGUGAUGAAGAUGAAUAUCAAUCUUUGACCUCAAGCGUAUUUGGUUGCCUUGUAUUAUUUUGAAUCACAUGUGGGAGUGUUUGAGGAAGAUGAGUUGAGAAUUGCUUUCGAGCAGUGACAAAAGUAGGCUUAAGGAUGAAACACUUCACAGGGACAAAUAUUAAAUAUCCAUUCAUCCUCAACACCACUUCUCCUGUUCAGGGUCAAAGCUGACUUUGGGAAAAAGGCAGACUACAUCCUGAACUGGGUGCCAGUCAGUCACAGGGCACAUAUAGACAGAGACAACAAUUCACACUCACAUUCACACCAUCACUGAGUGGGAUCUGAACCCACGCUGCCCACACCAAAGUCAGAUGAGUGUACCACUACACCAUCAGUGACUCAAAUAUUAAACAACACAUGAAACACAACAUCCUCAGAAAUGAAUGAAUGAAUCACUAAUAUGUGCACAUAUUAUUAUAUUUUCUAAAAAACUACACACUGCCCGACACAGUUUUAUUACACGGUGUCUGAUUUGUAUUCUUCCCAUCUCCUCCACACAUCAAGGAAGCUGCUGAUGAAGUGUCUCUGGCUUGGCUAUGUAUGUGGUGCUACAGGCUUGUCAGAAUAAUAAAGUCUUCUGCUGUCA